AUGGCUGGUGGAAGAGGUAGAAGAAUUGGUGCCAAUAACUCAGCUGAUGAAAUUGCCCAUGCUAUUCACCGAUUGGUUGACGCUAUGCAGCUGCAACAGGUGGUGCUACCACAGCCUGCACCACGACAUGUCAACAUGGACGAUUUCAUGAGGCACAAACCAGCCAAAUUCAAUGGCAAGGCCACUCCUGAUGACGCAGAUGCGUGGAUCAGGGAGUGCGAGAAGAUAUUCCAUGUACUAGGCUGCUCAGAUGAACAGAAGCUGGCCUAUGCCACCUUUCUCUUGGUGAGUGAUGCAGAAUACUGGUGGGUUGGCAUGCAGCAACAGAUGGGAACUAGGGAGGAGGAAGUGAGCUGGGAGAAUUUCAAAAAGAGGUUGUUGGAAAAGUAUUUUCCAGAUAGUGCUAAGCAUGAGAGGGAGGCUGAGUUCUUGACCUUACUGCAGGGUAAUAUGACUGUGCAGGCUUACGUUAACCGGAUCCGAGAAUUUCCUCUCUUGGUGGAACAAGCGAAAAGUGUGGAACAAUUAGAGAUGGGGCCUAGUCGAGUAGCCAGACCGCAAAGGAAUGUUGUAGAGGCUAGACACCAGAAGAAGCCUUAUAAUCGACCUCAGAUGUCGUCACCAGGGUUGAAGUGUUUCCAGAGUCGGGGAGCACAUUUAAAAAGAGACUGUCCCAGACUUGCUCGUAACGCAGGGAAUAGUGGAGGGGGGCGAAAGUGCUUUGUGUGUGAUCAACCCGGCCACUUUGCAGACAGGUGCCCUAAUAAGAAGACAGUCGCAGAGCCACGACCAUAG